AUGGAGGACUACUUUGGCGCCUGCCGCGCGGGGGUCUUCCAACAGGAGGGCUUCAUGGCCUCCGAGGAGAUGGUGGAGCAUCUCCUGAGUGCCCCGGUGGACUCACCGACGAUCCCGGUGGAAAAAACCGUGGUGGGUCGUUUCCGGGAUGGAUCUCCUGUGCGGCUAUCCUCUUUCAACUACUUCCUGUUUGACGGCACUGACAAGCAGAUUUGGGAUCCCAUCUUUCUGGCGCGGCUGGCAUACGAGGGUUUCUUCACCAUCACCACCGGAGGAAGUAGAGAGCGUAUACCGCUGCCGGAGUUACAACCCUACUAUGGUGUGUUGGAUUGGAAGAAUUUCAAUCAAGCUAAGCCUGUGAAGAAGGCAUUGAAGCGAGUGAAAUCAGAAGAAGGAUGCCCUGGAUGCAAGUACUACCUGUACUGCAACCGGAAUUUGAAGUUGACCUACCAGGGACUGAAUCAGUACCACAAGGAUCAGAAUGGUGAGAACUGGAUGACGUGGAAGUACCUUGAAGCGUUCAAGGCAGCAAGUGACAAUCCCAAGAUUAACUUCAGGCUUCAUUCCAUUGAACUCUACGAUGGACCUCUACCUGAGGCUGGCACAUCGUCAGCUGUUCCCAAUCUGGUGGCUGGGGAGAUUGGGUAUGGCAUCGGCAAAAUCUACACGAGCUUGUCGGGAUUCAACGUCCGCGGAGACGAUGGCGUUGGCUGGAUCCAACUUUCCUGCCUGGGAAAGUGGCUGGAGUACAAAAAGUAUUCCUUCUGGAGCCUUGGCCACUGCUACAGCCCGCAGAUGGAAUACAAACGGCAGCUGGGUCAUCGCAUCUACACGCGAGAAGAGUUCCUUCAGCGGCUCAAGCUGGAACGAGGACCCUUUCGCCUCUCGGAUGAUGGGCAUGGGCACAACUCCAUGCUGCAAACGAGUGGUGAGGCUUGCGACAUGGCUGCGAUAACUGCACCAAGUCUGCAGGAAACGUUCCUGUAG